AUGGCAUCCAUCCGCGCCAAUUGCCGUAAGGUCAUGUGCAUCGGCCGCAACUAUGCCGAUCACAUCACCGAGCUGAACAAUACAGCCCCCAAGCAACCGUUCUUCUUCCUCAAGCCCGCCUCCUCUAUCCUCGCUCCAGGCUCUGGACCCGUCCUGCGCCCCAAGGGCGUUAGCCUGCACUAUGAAGUCGAAUUGGGCCUGGUGAUGGGCAAGACAGUGCGCGAUUUGGAUCCCAAUGACGAGAAGAGUGCGCUGGACGCUAUCCAUAGCUAUGUCCUCGCCAUUGAUAUGACGGCCCGCAACGUGCAAGAAGAGGCAAAGAAAAAGGGUCUUCCUUGGUCCAUUGCCAAGGGCUUCGACACCUUCCUGCCUAUUUCGCAAGAGAUCGCCAAGUCGCGCAUCCCCAACCCGCACGACGCAUUCCUGCGCCUGCGUGUCGGCCAGACUGAGCGCCAGGCUGACUCCACCAGCCUCAUGCUAUACCGCAUUCCCCAGCAGCUGGCUCAGAUCUCCCGCGUCAUGACCCUGGAGAAGGGUGACAUUGUCCUUACUGGUACGCCGAAGGGUGUUGGUCAGGUUAAAGCCGGCGAUAUUAUGCGUGCCACUAUUGAGGUCAACGGCAAGGAAAUCGAGGAGGGUAGAAUUGAGGUUGAGGUGCAGGAUCGGGAAGGCCGGUAUGAGUUCAAGGAGACUUAA